GUUUCCCAUAUGUUUAUGUUCCGUGUAGGAAUCAGAAACAAACCCUCUGAAGUUUCUUCUCCGAACCAAAAACCCUUAUUUUUAUUAUCAUAUUCAUAUUCUCUUUCUCCUUUUUAUUUUCGGAGCGUCUUCUCUUUUCCCGUCUUUUUAGUCACUCGAUCAAUAAUUCAAUUAGUUUCUGCAACACUGAUUGAUCCCUUUCGUGUUCGGGAGCAAUCGUACUGCUGGUUUCGCCAUGGCCAAAACCUCGUUCAAGCUCGAACAUCCAUUGGAAAGGAGGCUAGCGGAAGCUGCUCGAAUCAGAGAAAAAUAUCCAGAUAGAGUACCUGUGAUUGUGGAGAAGGCUGAAAGAAGUGACAUUCCUGACAUUGAUAAGAAGAAAUACCUUGUUCCAGCUGACUUGACUGUUGGGCAGUUUGUUUAUGUUGUGCGGAAAAGGAUCAAGCUCAGUGCUGAGAAGGCUAUAUUCGUCUUUGUGAAGAACACUCUACCUCCGACUGCUUCCCUGAUAUCUGCAAUUUAUGAGGAAAACAAGGAUGAAGAUGGUUUUCUUUACUUGACUUACAGUGGAGAAAAUACUUUUGGAUCCCUCUUAGAGCCUGGAGCCUGGAGCCUGGAUUCCACUUUGUGUAAAUAAAGCUUGGAAGGUGUAAAUUCUCAGCGGUGUCUCUCAAGCAGCUUGACUUACCUGCUUGCCUAUUGUUUAGCUUGGUCUUGAUUUGGAUUAAUUCAUGCUGGAAGUGGUUUGAAUACAUAUAGUAUCUUUACCAUGUAUUUGAAAAUAGGGAAUCAAAUGUAUGGUAAUUUCCCAGUUGUGUUGGUUGGUGAUGUUCCUUUUUUUUUUUUUUUUGAACAAGUUAGAACGGUCCUUGUUAAAGAUGCACAGGUUA